AUGUCUUGGACAUAUCUCAAACACACCUCCUCGGCGUCGAUCCAGCGCCGUUUCAACGAAAGACCCUACGCUCCCUACACAGGUACCUAUCUGUACCGGGCAAACGCCAAGGCACGAGCAUUCACUAGAAUCUAUACCCUCUUGUUAAUCUAG